AAACUAAACUCUUUUUGAAAGCAAAGAAUUCUGGCGUUUUAACUAAGCGCUGAAUAAGUUGCUUUUGUUGCUGUUAUUUUUCCGCUAAAAGGCUGAGCGCGCGCUAGUUUGCCACACAAAAAGUCACUUGAUCUCUUAUUAGCGCAAGUCUUCUCUUCCGCAUCCUACAGUUUCACUUUGUAGUUGGUUUGGUAGAUCAGUUGUUUUACUUGUUGUGGUGGUUAUUUCAGUGUUUGGUUUAUUUUUAAUCUAAUACAUCUGUUGCUAAGAUAUUUUUUUUUCAGUUUUGCCAAUUUGUUUUUCUCCUGUUGUAUUAGAUUGCCGGGGUUGUUUGGAUUCUCGUGUUUUGUUGUUGUUGUUUGGGUUCCACUGUUUUGUCGUUGUUGUUUUGUUAAAUGGAUUACCCGUGUUCGUAUUUUUUGUAGUUGUCGGUGUCUGCUUGUUGAACAAAAGCAAGGAAAGAAGCGUUCGUUCAAAUAUCAACCUAAAGGUCUUUUCUCUGAUCAAAAAAACUCAUGGUUUCAUUAUCGGAAGUUCUUAUCAGUUAACCGCUGACCAUUACCUCACUAAAGGUGAAAAUGAGAAAAAGAUACAAAACUUGCAUAACCUCUCUUAAAAAUAUACCGCGCGCGCCCACCGAUGUAUUUACGAAACCCCAUAGCCAAGCUGGGACUAACCACAAGCAAUUAUAAGGCUCUGUGCGAAAAGAAAGCAUUGAUUGCUUCAUUAAGUUAAAAGGCCAUAUAGCAUCUCAUACAAACUUAGAUGACUAUAAACCCAACAAGAGUUAAUUAAAGAACAGCGGCCACAUUGUUAUCGGCAACUCCACGCAAUGUAAAGACCUCAUUACAGAAACGAGUUAAUUUAAAAUACAUAAAUGGAGAACUUUGACGGACACAGGCGUCACCAUAAUUGAUUUCCAGUUUGAAAACAGAUAUUAAAUUUGAACUGUUAAGAACAAACCCUUCAGUAAAAACAAAGGCAAAGUAAGCGUAAUUUCGGAAGCUUCGGGGCGUUUGGGAGUAGAGAUAUCGAACUCUUAGAAGCAUGUUGACGGUGAGCGAGACGCGCUUCACAGAGUGACGUUUGGCAAGCAUUUUAAAGGGAGCCUGUACAUUGAAUCGACACAAAGACAGAAGGAAAAGCGAACAGAAGGCAAGUCGGCGAAACAUAAAGCACUCUCAGGCUAAGAGAUCUGAAGUCUCACGGCGAGAAUAUUAAACUAAAGAACUUGGAACACGAUUCGGCCAAGGUUGUUUAUUGUUAGAAGAGCUAAGAGUGAAAUAAGAGAGCUGAUGCGAAGUUCGUGAUCAACAGUCUGUGUUAAAAACAAACAAAGUUUCUAAAGUUCAGGCUUCAAGCUGUGCGGACGACCUGGUGACAUCAGUGUCAAACUGGCGGGGGCCUGUUCUAGGAUUGCACUGGUGCUACCGAAGCUACAGUCUAUUUGUUUGCCUUUUGUAAUUCACAGAGGAACGACUUCAUCAGAUUCAGACUAGUGUCAAACUGACGAGAGCCUGUUCUAGGAUUUCACUGGUGCUACUGAAGAUAUAGUCUAUUUGUUUGCCUUUUAUAAUUCUCAGAGGAACGACUUCAUCAGUGGCAGACUUGUGUCAAACUGACGAGAGCCUGUUCUAGGAUUCCACUAGUGCUACUGAAGCUACAAUCUAUUUUUUUGCCUUUCAAAAGUCGUGAGCCUUUAGCAGAGAGGACCAUUAACAAGACUUUUGUGUCGUACAAGGAUAAGCAUAGGAUAAGAAGGAAUUUGAUAAAUUUUGGAUUAUGACUUCCUGUCUGAUUUCCUUGUAAGAUUGCGCAGAGAGAAAACCAGACACUCCUUACCAACAACACACACAGUACUAGUCUCAACUAGCUUAUUUUAUCGCUGAAAUGUCUAAUGUGUCGAACUCCAGCGCCGGACAGCCGAUGGAACCCCCGUUCCCUCCAAAAGAAUUCCAAUGUUCAAACAAGACGUUACCAGAAUUCUACGGUCACACGGCUUUCCAGAUCUUUAUACUCCUAGUUACAUUCUACGGAAACUUCAUGGUAGUGCUAGCAGUGGUUCUGUUCCACCGAAUGCGAACGAUAACCAACUACUUUGUGGUAUCUUUGGCGGUCAGUGAUUUGCUGGUAGCGACGCUAUCUCUACCGUUUCGCAUCCACCAGACCACGCAUAACACUGCCUGGUGUUUGGGCCUGGAGGCUUGCGUGGCUUGGAUCGUGGUGGAUAUCAUUUGUUGUGGCGCUUCUAUAUGGAACCUAGCGAUGAUCUCGGUCGAUCGCUUCAUCGCGAUUGUUAUGCCAUUUCGCUAUCACGCGUUGAUGACUCCUAUGACUGGAGUCUGUCUCAUCGGUGCGGUUUGGAUCCUGUCCAUGGGCAUGGGGAUGCUAAGUCUUAUUAACUGGACCGAGCUCGGAAGUCCACAUUUCCAUAUCGAGGUUCAGUGCAGAAAGUUCGAUCCUGUCUACUAUACGGUGGUGUCAGUGGUCGGAUUCUUCCUACCGCUCUUUAUCGUCCUUCUCAUGUAUGGUCAAGUGUUUGUGGUUGCGAUGAACCAGGCGAGAGCGGUCGCUGCUCUUCAGACCGACAGCAAGCGUCGCGGACGACGAAGCUCCAUCAACUUAGUCAAAGAAGUCAAGGCGGCCAAGAUUCUCGCCAUUGUGGUGGGGUGCUUCGUAGUCUGUUGGUUUCCAUUUUUUGUCCUCACACUUGUCAGUUUGUGGGAGCCGCAUGCGUUAUCCAAAGAAACAAUCAGCAAAGAUACAGCCAGGGGAAUCACGUUGACGUUUGUUUACGUUUUACCCGUGUUGAAUUCCACGCUGAACCCGAUCAUUUAUGCGCUGUUCAACAGGGAUUUUCGUCGCGCUUUCGGUAAAAUUUUCGCGCGUCUUUACAGUCGGCGCCUGGGUGCCAUCGGGAUGGACGACGCAUCUAUGACAAUGAACUCAACCGCCGGAACUAUCCACAAUGCAUCACAAAAUCACCUAAGCGCUAAAGUCCGCUUCCGCGCCGAUUCCGAUUGUUCCACUCCGCCAACGAUACCAAUGCGUGAUAUCAGCGACGUUUACAACGACACUGAUAAAGAAAACUCCCUACACUCGGAUAAUGUGAGUAAUGGUGUAGGACCGCGGAAAGACACAGAGCAAGACAAGCCAGAGAGCGCGUCGACCGGCUCUCUCCCUCACGUUCCCGAUGAGGAUAACCAUAACACUGUCAAGCUGCCGCCACUCAAACGUGAAAGUAUAGAAAGCAAUACAGUAAUAUCUAAAGGAAUUAAACCAGAGGCGCUGCCACCUAUAAGGAAAUCCGAGGACCAUGGAACGGAAAACGGACGGAUCGGAAUGGGUAGUGCAGACCUGACUAAUAGAAACGAAAGUGGGACACCAGCAAGAGCAAGUAAUCAGUCGGAAAAUUCAGUAUGAUGUCGAGGGUUGGGUGUUCAUUUAACUUUAAUGCGACAUUUUUUUAGUUUAAAACGCCAGCGAAACCUUCCUUGGUAUCUCUCUGAGAUAAGCCAAUAAGAAUGCGAGAAACUAUUUGAUUGACGUGAGCUUCACUAACUUGGUGUGGCUAAAAAAAGCUUCAGGCGACAUUUUUUAAAGGUUUGUCUUGUCAGGCACAGUAGCUCGCGCCGAGCUUAUCUCUGUGUCACAUCAGGGCUCGUAGAGGAGACUACUGACUGAAUUGUCACACCCCGUCCCCACGUAUCCGUUUUCGUUUGAAAACGCAACCUUUUUGUUCCGUUUUUAAAAAGAUCCGCGUCUAAACGAAGCAUUUUCAUUUUGAUACGACCCGUCCCCAGAAAACGCAGAAACGAUUCGAAAACGAGAACAAGUUUUACAGCGCAUGCGUACUCGCGCGCCAAGUGGACUGGACCUGAGUUAUCACGCCAUCGUUUUCGAAAGGUUCCGUUUUCGUCGGUCCACACGGCACCAAAAGGGUAUUGUCAAAUUGUUCCACCAUGGAGAUCGUUUUCAAAUCGUUCCGUUUUCGGUCAUCGUUUUCGCGUUUAAGUGUGGACGGUACCCUUAUCCGUAACAAAAAGGUUGCGUUUUCAAACGAAAACGGAUACAUGGGUACAGGGUCUAAAUGUGUGUCGUCCUGAACGGUUUCUUGUGUUUGUGAUAGCAUUAGAAGACGUCUUAGUGUUGCUUGAUUUGUUUACGAGCUCGAAUGGAUGACACGAAAUGUUUAUUUUCUAGCCUACGACAGGCACGCUUGUGUAGUUAGCUGUAUAUGGCUGAUAAAUUUAGAGAAGUUACUGGCAGGCAGUACUAGGCGUUUGGCAACGUGAAAUCGUGGAACUAGAUCAUAGUUAGUGUUUUCUGUUAUAUGCCUCUUAAGGAAGAACAGUUAUCUUGCUGACGUUUCGAACAUUUCGAGCCUUUUGUCGGUGAUAAAGAAACUUAUUUCUUCCUGCGACGAAGGGCUUAUUCUCCAAACGUGUCACGAAAAUAAUUUCACAAAACGUUAAUCCGGUGUUAAUUUCUUUUUUUUAAAUGUUACCCUAUGUGACCAUAGAAUGACCAGUUUUAAGCAUAUUGGCCACGCAGGUAAAAACACAAAAAUUAUAUACAAAGAUCAAUAACUUCCUUGCCUUCGUAUGUGUCUCCUGUUGCCUCUUUAUAAUAAGCACUUUUAACUUUAAUCCUAAACUUUCUCUUUCGACUCUAUUUGGUAGUGAAAGAUGGUUAAAAAUAGUCUUUAGAUACAGCGGAGCCUCUAUAUGACAGAUAGCUUGCUAACAGAGGCUUUUUUCCCUAGGGUGUCCCGGUUGUACUUUUAUUCGCGGUUUUGGCUACUCGCGGAACAACCCAAAAACCCAGAGACGCGAAAUGGUAAAAAAAAGUCCUAAAAACACAGAAAAAGAAAAGCUCUGCUAGCCGGGUAAACGACGGAAUCAAAAAAAAUGUGCCCGCAAUAUGAAGGUGUCAUCAAAAUGGGGAUCUAGUUAUAGUCAGACUGGACAUAGGAAAAUGUUCGCUAUAUAGAGGGCGACCGAGAGAGUGAAUUAUAACUAAGUGGUCAUUUAUUCCUCGUUUUUAUUUUGGUUAAAUCACUUAUUGGUGUAUUUUAGCAACAUAAAAUGCGAUAAUCGGGAAAGUUAAAGUCGGCGUUCAAGUCCAAUUCUACCGCCAUUUGAUCAAGUCUGAUAUUAUAUUAACUCAUUCCGCCUGAUGUGGCGUUUUUGGUUAAUGCAGAGCUUAUAAACAGAUAGAUGACAAGAAAUAGGAUUCGGAGAAGCUAAUCGCCUUGACCCAAUAUGAAAAAUAUACUAAAGUGUAAUCAACCCAAGGCAAUUAACACAUGUGAGACUUUAAUUAAAGUUAUAUUAAAGCCACAAUAUAUUCA